ACUCUGGCUGAUAGGGCACAUCAUACUUUGUUCAAAUACAUUUUCCUCAUUACAUUUUUUAUUCCUUUCUCAACCAAAACCAAAUCUCCCCUCAUCCUCUUCUCCGAUUCAGUUUGCUAUGCGGAUUUAAAUACAUGCAGUUUGUUUAGGUUCGCCUCCAGAGAAAGCCUUUUCUGUAUAGCGAAAACCCGAUUCGCAAUCCACCCACAACACGUACUGCCUGCAAAUUAUUCCCCCAAUAUCGAUUCUAUCUCGAUCACCUAGGGCGGCGGCUGCUGCCUAUAUUAUUGCGUUCAUCGCGAGACCCGCCGCCGCCACCGCGCGUCUCCGUAGCAAGCUUCCGACACCACAAGCGCCGGAACCGCAUAACGGGCAGGGCUCCUUCUCAUCUUCGUCGAUCUAUUAAUUUCCCGUGGAAAACUGUCUGAGUCAUCAGCUGAAUCGGGAUCGAGCAAUGGAGAAACUGAUGAAGAAAGUGCAUGCUUCCAUCUGUUGUGGCCCUACAAUAAAAGAGUCUCAAGUUUUUGAAAGCAUGUUUAAGCAGUUGUCAAUCGACGGAAGUACAUAUCAUAUGCCAAAGACUAGGUGUUGGGCAACUCCUCAAUGCUGGCUACUCACACUAGAUAUGAUUUCAUUCCGCGCUGACGUAUGGAAUCCUGCAAAUCUGGAGAAGGUUGAACUGCCAUCCUUGGAAAAGAACUUACCCCAAAACUGCAAGUGUUUGCUCUCAUCUGAACCCGUUUCUCCUGGCUGUGUGGUUUUAGUUGUUGAUGCUGAUGAACCUCAAAUCUGGUUUUGCUAUGUUGGAGGCAAGAAAUGGACCUGGCAUGAGUAUAGUAUCACUGUUGAAAAAACACGCUUUCCUUUCAUCAUGUCAUCAAAAAAGCAACGUGAAGAAGAGCGUGGACAUCAGAGUUCUCAUAGACAAGCUUCAUCAGAAUUUGUGUUCAAAGGCAACUGCAAUGGGGAAAGAACAAGAAUAUCGAAUGAUGGACCUGCCACGGUGAUUCUUGGCCAUUCUGAAAGGUUCCAAAUAAGAAGUAUAGCUGCAGUCGAGGGGAAGUUCUAUUUUGAGAUGUCGUCAUCAGAACUUGGUGUUCUCGAGUUCAUUCCAAAUCCAACAUUUUCCACGCUAAAGUUUGAGAGAUUGCCUGUCCCACAAUACUGUUGGGAGUUUGCAUUCCCUCAUCUGGUCGAGUCCCGUGGAAGGCUCUUCCUAGUUGUUCAGAUUCAAGAUUCUCUCUCCAGUAUUACUCUGUACAAAAUGGAUUUCUCGAGGCUUGCAUGGUCGAUGGUGGAUGGUCUCUAUGACCAGGUAUUCUUCUUGGGUAGACUACAUUUCACAGCAUCAUACUCUGCUUGGGAGCUUGGGGUGAAGCAAGGGAAUGUAUAUUACCUUUUUGAGGAUGAAGUGUAUGGUGAGGAUGGUGAGGUUGAACUGCUGAAUGUUUUCUUUCCUGGAGAUAAAUAUAUGCCCAGCUCCAAUUACUGUCAUGGGUCCAUAGAUGAUUUGCCGGCUUGCUUGUUGGGCAUACACAAUGUUCUAAUUAAAGCUUGUGGUUUUUCCAUAGGCACUGGUUAGAAGUUUAUGACAGUUUGACGUGGGAAACAUCCUGCCUCUGUAGGUUUGCAGAUCUGAAUUCCAAUUUACUCUCUCUGUUCCAAAAAACUAGUUUGUGUUAAGUCAAACCAUCUCAAGUUCGACCAACUUUAUAUAGAAGAAUACAAAUAUUUGAUAUAUAUUUCGUGAUUUAUCAACUAUUUUCUGUAAGCUCGGUCAAACCGCUACUGCAAUAUUGGUCUUACCAAUUGGGUAAGUAAAUUUUGCAUGUAAUAUGGCUCUGUUGCCACAUAUUUUCUUUAGGAAUUUCUUAAACUUGGACUUGAAAUAAAAUACGAUUGUCACUCAUCAGCAAGGAAUAUUGAAGAAUACGAUCUAAUACAUGUUGCUUAUGGAUAAUUUCUUUGCAAGGAAUAGAAGAUUGUACAGAGCUGUGAAUCAUGCGCCUCGGCAUGUUUGACACUAAAGGUACAUGCACUUCUGAAGGUACUUCGAGAAAUUUUGGCUUGGAAUAAUUGUUGUUCAUCUAAACUCGGUUUGUCAUCCGGGAUCAUAUAGGACUGGUGGUAGCCGUAGGGGCAGGUGCAGCUGAACCUCUGAUAAAUGCUCAACAUGCUGAAACGGUGACAUGCAUGAAUGGCCUUGAGCAGCUGGCGUCAAUGGGAAUGUAAUGCAUCAUUGUUGAAUCGCCUAAUGCUGUUAGUGAACCGGGCAAGGACAGAUCGCCUCUUGGAGUAUUGAUUAGAGAGACUAAAGCUCAAAUGAUGUAAAUGCUUGCUGUCUCCCACUGCCCUUGGGCUUGAAACUCAGUUGCUCGUACGCAAUCUACAAUGUGUCUGAGUUGUAAAAGUGGUCUUUUGUUGUGGCUGACCAUGCACCAGAGUCUGUAGUUGUGUUGGUGUCCAGUGAGUUACCAGGACAGAGUUGCCUGAUAAUGGGGUGUUGAAUCCAAUGAUGAGAACAUGUACGAGUUCGUUAAAUCUCAGUGUCAUUUUGCUCUGCCA